UAUUGUCGUCGUUGUCUUUGAUAACCGAAAUCGGAACAAGACCAACACCGAAUUAGGAUGUAAUAUUAAAUAAUAAUUAAUAACAAUAAUCCACAACAUUGUAACUGAAGGAAGAAAAAUGUUUUCGUUCCCACGUCCCUCAACAUAGUGACAACGAAAUUGACGUUGGCAGGACCGCUGUGACCCUUUUUCCGUGAAACGACCUCCGCCUACACUAGAACCCACUACUUUCCGUGGAUACAUAAAAGCCGGAAAUGGGCAACGCUGACACCAAACUGGUGUUCCGAAAAGCCGUUGUCCAGCUGACUUCCAAGACCCAGACCAUCAGCGCUGAGGACAACGAUUUCUGGGAUCAGUUCUGGUCAGAGACCGUCACUAACGUACAGGACGUGUUUACUCUUGUACCAGCUACCGAGAUUCGGCUACUCAGGGAGGAUGUACCAGCUAACUUGGCCACAUUGUGCUACAAAGCGGUCGAGAAGUUUGUUAGGGCUGUGGAGAACAGCUGUCGCACACAACAGGAUCAAAAUACAGUCUUGAACUGCUCACGACUGCUGACCAGAGUGCUCCCAUAUGUCUUUGAAGAACCAGAUUGGGAAAACAUAUUCUGGUCCAGCUUGCCGGCUGGCAAAGGCGAUCCACCCAUACCAUUGGCACAUUCACUGUGUAGUGCUAUAUGUGAUUUAUUGUUUUGCCCAGAUUUCACAGUCGCAUCCAAUCGUAAAAAUGGUCCUGAUAAAGCAGAAGAUUUGCAUGCUGUAGAUAGCUGUGAAUACAUUUGGGAAAAAGGAGUGGGUUUUGCCCAAUCUCCUGUUAAAAAUGCGACUUUUGAAUCGAAUCGUACUGAACUACUGCGUUUACUGUUGACGUGUUUCAGUCAAGCUAUUUAUUCACCAAAUCAAAAUGGUAAUAGAUGGGUACAGUAUGUAACUUCAGCUGAAAAUCGCCAUGCAUUACCUAUGCUUACAUCUCUUUUAAAUACUGUGUGCGGUUACGAUCCUAUUGGCAUGGGUGUUCCGUACAAUCAUCUUCUAUUCGCUGACACAUCUGAACCGUUAGUUGAUAUGUGUCUACAAAUCAUUAUUGUGGCUCUGGAUUCUGAUGUGCAACAGAAUGAUGAAGCAGCCAUAGACAAUUUGUUUAUAAAUUAUUUAUCAAGAGUUCAUCGAGAUGAAGACUUUUCUUUUAUUUUGAGUGGAUUUACAAGGUUGUUAAUGAACCCCUUACGACAGACUUAUCUUCCACAUUCCACCAAAAAAGUGCAAUUUCAUCAAGAGCUGUUGAUAUUCUUUUGGAAAAUAUGCGAAUUUAAUAAAAAAUUUCUAUAUUUUGUACUCAAAAGUAGUGAUGUCCUUGAUGUUUUAGUACCAAUUUUGUAUCAUUUAAAUGAUUCCAGAGCAGAUCAAUCUCGAAUUGGUCUUAUGCAUAUUGGAGUAUUUAUUUUGUUAUUACUGAGUGGUGAGAGGAAUUUUGGAGUACGUCUCAACAAACCAUACACUACAACAAUACCCAUGGACAUACCAGUGUUCAGUGGUACACACGCAGAUCUUCUAAUUAUUGUGUUUCAUAAAAUUAUCACAACUGGUCAUAAUAGAAUGCAACCGCUCUUUGACUGUCUCCUAACGAUCUUAGUGAAUGUGUCUCCGUACUUAAAAACUCUGUCGAUGGUGUCGAGUACAAAACUUUUGCAUUUGGUGGAUGCAUUUACAACUCCGUGGUUUUUGUUUUCUUCACCAUCUGCCAACCAUCUUGCUUUUUUCUUGUUGGAGAUUUUCAAUAAUAUCAUACAAUAUCAAUUUGAUGGUAAUUCAAAUUUAGUGUAUACAAUUAUACGCAAGAGACAAGUUUUUCAUAGUUUAGCAAACUUGCCAACUGAUUACAGUGCUAUUAUCAAAUCCCUGACUAAAAAAGCAAAGCGAAAUAUGCAAGCCACUAGCUCUGUUAGUCUAACAGCUGCUACUGAAACUCCAAGUAUGGAAGGAUCUACACCUGCAUUGCCCGCAGAGCCAGGAACUCUUAAUGCCACACUUCCCGACACUCCUGGCGUAAUGAAAAUAACAGAACGUGAAAGUGCUCAUCCGGGAAAUGUAACCUUACCCGCUGAACUGGUUACGUCUAAUGGCAUGACAAAGGAAAUUGUGAAACAAUCUUCUAACCAAGGAGAUUGCUCUCCAACAACAUCGUCGCCUAAGAAUGACGCUGAAUGGGCACCAACCACAGAAUGGGUCCGAUCUUGGAAGGAAAAGCUGCCAUUGCAAACAAUUAUGAGAUUACUGCAAGUGCUAGUGCCUCAAGUUGAAAAAAUUUGCAUAGACAAAGGUUUGACGGAUGAAAGUGAAAUACUAAAGUUCUUACAACAUGGUACGUUAGUAGGACUGUUACCAGUCCCUCAUCCAAUACUCAUACGGAAGUAUCAGUCUAAUCCAGGAACAACUGCUUGGUUUCGAACUUAUAUGUGGGCUGUUAUAUUUCUCAGAAACAUCGAUCCUCCCAUCUGGUAUGAUACUGAUGUGAAACUCUUUGAAAUACAACGCAUGUAGGAUUCUUAUAAUGUCUAUUUGUUUGUUUUGAUUUUGGAGAAGACAAUUUUAUUGAGAACAAUUCUUUAAUGCAUUGUGCAUUUUAAGUUUUUUAAUGUGUGAACAUUUUUCCUUUUUGGAUUUUAUUGAGUUCUUUGGUAUUAUUGAAUGUAAGCAUCUUAAAGUGAUCUGCGUCCACUGAGAAAAUACAUUUUAAGUGACCCUAAUUUGUAAAUCUGAACAAUGAAAGAUUUACUAAUAUAUUAAUAUCCUCCAUGAAUUAAUAUUUUUCUAACAUAAGUUAGGAAAAAACCAAUAGAAACUUCAUCUCAAAAAUAACAAUAAAAUAUAUAUUAUUCAUAAAUGUAUUAUACAGUCUUAUUAUAAAAAAAAAGUCAUCACUGUUGGGUGAUUUUAUUUCACAUAAGAAACCCAAUCACAUAACUAUAUAUAAACUUUUUUUAAAUAGCUUAAAAAGUAUAAUUUGUUAUAUAAUUAAGACCUUGAUGAAUGGUAUUUCUGUGAAAACUGAUGCAAUGUAAAACUAUAUUCAUGUUUAAUAUUUUGUACAUAGUAUCACAUUACAUAUUCAGUACAAAUUAAUGAUUUUUGGGAACAGACAUAAUAUCACUUUAAGAUGCAUUUUUGUACCAUGAAUUUAAAUUAUGAUUUGUUAUAUUUAAAUAUUUAUGUUUAUUAAAUGUAUGCAAAAAGGCUAUUUUGAGAUUAACAGUAUUUUAUUAACUUAUUUCUGAUAAAAUAUAAUAUAUUUAUACAUAUAUAUGAAUAA